GGGUUGCCCUAAGCGAGGGCAUGACGGAAGCAAGAACUUGAUCUCGUUCUUAUCCAUCCACUGGAAUGUAAAGCAGCACCAUGUCCCUUCUUUCAUAAAUAUACAAACAUCAACCAUGUUCAUGUUCUUGUCCAUGUCCAUGUCCUCGCUCAUCUUUAUUCAUCUCGGAUCUUCAAUCAGUUGACUCAAUCGUUCAAAAGGAUGGAGCCCAUGGACAUCGUGGGGAAAACAAAGGAAGACGCUUCGCUUCCUAAAGCAACAAUGACGAAAAUUAUUAAAGAGAUGUUGCCCCCUGACGUGCGUGUUGCAAGAGACGCUCAGGAUUUGUUGAUUGAGUGUUGUGUAGAGUUUAUAAACCUUGUGUCAUCAGAGUCCAAUGAAGUCUGUAGCAGAGAGGAAAGAAGGACGAUUGCACCUGAGCACGUAUUGAAGGCUUUAGGGGUACUUGGAUUUGGCGAGUACAUUGAGGAAGUUUAUGCAGCAUAUGAACAGCACAAACUGGAGACAGUGGACACUUUAAAAGGUGCCAAGUGGAGCAACAGAGCUGAGAUGACUGAGGAAGAAGCAUUGGCUGAGCAGCAGAGGAUGUUUGCAGAGGCACGUGCUAGAAUGAAUGGAGAGGCCAUUGCUUCCAAGCAGCCAGAUGCUGACCAAACUUUAGAGAGCUAACUUUAGGACAUUUAUUUCCUUGAAGCAUAGGCAAGCAUCUCUCACUCUUCCCUGUGUGUUUAUUUAGCUCGAUUUUGCACAAAACCCAUUCACUAGCGUGCUGGCCUAUGUGGAUGUGCUCGCCAUUUGUGUUCUUUAGCAAUUCAUGUUUGUAAGUUAAUGUAAUUAAUGGACUUCGUCUAAACCCUCUUAUAUUUAGAAUUACAUGUAAAUUAUUUCAUUUACCUGUUGUAUCUUCUACACUAACAGCUCUUGGCUUAAUUUUAACAAUAGUGACUAUAUUAGAUUGUAACA